UUUGUCCUUAGUUGUUUCCUAUGCAUACAGUAAUAGUGAUGUUGAAGCAUUGCAAAUAGCAUACAACCGUAUACAGUCAAUGGAAGAUACUGACGAACACAAAAGUGAUAAGGCAACGGAGCAUACAAACACGGCCCUCGAAGAUAUCCCAAACUCAAAUGAAAAAAGCCUCAAAAAAUUAUCCACUGCUGAGUCAGAUAUACCCACAAUGGAUGAAUUGAUGCAGCCUAUUAGAGGGAAAACACCCAGUGAGCUUGACUAUGAUGUAAAUUCUUUAUGGUGCAUUAUCUUCCACCAGGAUCCUAAGGUUUGCAGGCACUGAAACUAUUCCAAAGCAAAGCAGAAAUGAUUAUACUGUACAACACAAAGAGAAGAGUGUAUACAGUCAGAGGGUGUAUUUAUACCAUUCAUUA